AUGACUGCAGCGACGACAAUAACGGCGGGUUUGGAGACUAUUCGGAAGAGUAAAGUGUUUCCAGUAGGAACCACUGACACAUUCAGCAAGUCGCUAUCCUGGACGUUGCUGCUUGCCAGGAUCUUCGGCCUCCUGCCAGUUUCUGCUAAGACUCAGGCAACUGUGACGUCAUUCCUUGCAAUUUUUGGAACAGCUGGUAUGACGUUGCUUGGUCUUCACUGGUGUUUCCUCAACUUUACUGUCUUCAGAGCAACCAAAGUAGUGUUCUACGGCAGUGCGACGUUGUCCUGUGUGCUCCUCCACCGUCUAGGUAAAGCGUGGCCUCGGUUGUCCAACGUGUGGAGACAUGCUGAAGUGUCUACUAAACACCUCGGCUACCGACCUCACACAACCCUUAUCUGUCGUACCUUCACUGCCUUGUACUGUCUUGUAGCUGUGGGUAAACAAUACCACAGAGAAGUGGUGUUAGAGGAUACACUCCAUCGUACUCUUAAGUGGUGUCUAGCACCAGCACUGGUGUCUAGGGCAAAGUCUAACAUCGCUUCCCCUUGCCCUUGCUCAUCUUCUAUGCUCACAGUGGAGGAAGUCACUCUGCUGACCGUGUUGCCGUACACACCUGCGCUGACUCCUCUAGUGCUGAUGCUGAAUACUCUUGCAACCUUCACAUUCAGCUUCCUAGAUCUCCUCAUCUUCAACCUUGCCUUCUGUUUAUCAUCAAUGUUUUGGGCUUUCAACCGACAGCUGGUUGAAGCCUCCAAGCAAACUAUUUCGAGGCCCAGAUGGAGUGACUGGUACAGGGACUACAAUGUGUUGAGGAGACUUGUGACCGUUGUAGACAACCACAUCUCCCCAAUAGUGUUGCUGUCUUUCAUCAUCAACGUCUACCACAUAUGUCUACAAUUGUACUUAAGUCUUACUCCGCUACCCACUCUGGCAAGCAAGGCUUACUUCUGCCUCUCCUUCGGGUUUCUGAUGUCCCGCACUAUCACUGUGUGUCUCGCCUCGGCUUCCAUCCACGAUCUCGCCAAACAACCCAAGUUUGUCAUCUUCUCAGUGCCAUCGGAAGAGUUUGAUGAGGAGGUGGAGAGAUUCCAGUUUCAAGUCUGUAAUGACUCAGUAGCAAUCAGUGCAAUGAGAUUCUUUAUUCUGACCAGGACAACAUUAGUGACUGUGAUUGGUCUUGCUGCUACAUAUGAAGUUGUCAUGUUCCAAAUACAGACGAUGGCUGAGGAAGAAACUGACAUGAAGAGGUUGUCUGCUCACAAUCUUACUACAGAUGUCUGUGAAUAAUCUUGAGGCAACAAUACUCAUCAUUAUGUGCUCAACUGU